UCCAAGCCAGCGAAACCCUAUCUCGCGGAGGGCUCUAUUUCUUCGAUCCGACUCUCAAAAGGAUCGGUAAGGCCCUCUUCGACGCUGCUGCUUCCUACCUUUGCUGAAACCUUUAGCGGUAGAAGCCCAACUUCCCCUCCGGAAUGGCGCCGAAGAAGGACAAGGCUCCUCCUCCGUCUUCUAAGCCGGCCAAAUCCGGCGGAGGGAAGCAGAAGAAGAAGAAGUGGAGCAAGGGAAAGCAGAAGGAGAAGGUGAACAACGCGGUGCUCUUCGAUCAGGCAAGCUAUGAUAAGAUGCUCUCCGAGGUUCCCAAGUACAAGAUGAUCACUCCCUCUGUGCUGUCUGACAGAUUGAGGGUCAAUGGAUCACUGGCGAGAAGGGCAAUAAAGGAUCUAAUGGCAAGGGGUUCCAUCAGGAUGGUAUCUGCCCAUGCCAGUCAACAAAUUUACACAAGAGCCACCAACACCUAGAGGGACAAUUCUGGGUUUUGUUCUUGGUUGAUGAUGUUCUUCAUAUUUCAAGAGUUAGUGACUUGUGCUUUUUGUUGUUUUUGAAACAAAACAAGUCUUUUGUUUUGGAUCCUAUCUUCUGUCGUUUAUUAAAUCCUGUAGCAGCUAAAUGAAUUUUAAUAUUUUAUGCUAUGAUUUACCAAUAAGAAAAAAAGUAAUACCUUUAUGUUU